GAACUCACGCGCCGUGAAGCCACGCGCCCACAGCGUCCGCUGUUUAUAGUCACUUAAACCACGCCUCCUCUACGUAAUUCGACGCUUGCUAAACGUCCUUUCCGCAGCCGCUGACGUCACCACGCUCCGCCCACCGCUGGAGACAUGGACCUGGCGGCCGCCGUGUAACUGAACGGGAAGCGCCAUGAAUUUCUCCGAGGUGUUCAAGCUCUCCAGCCAGCUCUGCAGGUUUUCUCCCAACGGGAAGUAUCUGGCCUCCUGUGUGCAGUACCGUCUGGUGAUCCGGGAUGUCGGCACCUUACAGAUUCUUCAGCUCUACACCUGCCUGGACCAGAUCCAGCACGUCGAGUGGUCGGCCGACUCCAUGUUUGUCCUGUGCGCCAUGUACAAGAGGGGGAUCGUCCAGGUCUGGUCUCUGGAGCAGCCGGACUGGCACUGCAAGAUCGACGAAGGUUCGGCGGGGCUGGUGUCCUCCUGCUGGAGUCCUGACGGACGUCACAUUCUCAACACCACAGAGUUCCAUCUCCGAAUAACUUUAUGGUCACUUAGUGCGAAAUCUGUGUCAUACAUCAAGUAUCCAAAAGCGUGUCAAAAGGGGGUGGCCUUCACCAGCGAUGGGCGGCACAUGGCUCUGGCAGAGAGACGGGACUGCAAAGAUUACAUCAGCAUAUUCGUGUGCAACGACUGGCGCCUCCUGCGGCAUUUCGAGACGGACACCCAGGACCUGACGGGUAUAGAUUGGGCCCCCAAUGGCUGUGUGCUGGCUGUAUGGGACACUUGUCUGGAGUAUAAGGUGUUGCUGUACUCACUAGACGGACGUUUGCUGUCCAGUUACUCCGCCUACGAAUGGUCGCUGGGCAUCAAGUCGGUUGUGUGGAGUCCCAGCAGUCAGUUUCUGGCAGUCGGCAGCUAUGAUGAGAAGGUUCGGAUCCUCAACCAUGUGACAUGGAAACCAAUCAAAGAACUUCUGCAUCCAGCUACCAUCUCCAACCCAAAGACAGUGGUUUACCGAGAAGUGGACAAAUGCCAAAGUAUAGAACCGAGUCAGCUCACUUUUCCUCCUCCACGGAGGACCCCCAAUAGUCUGUUCAGUGUCCACAGUAAAUAUGAACUUGUGGAGUUGCCCGUUACAUUACGCACAAUAAAACCGGACACCGACCGAGCAAAUCCAGAACUUGGCAUCGGGAUGCAGGCCUUCAGUGCUGACAAUCGAUACUUGGCCACCAAAAAUGAUAACAUGCCGUGCUGUGUGUGGAUCUGGGACAUACAGAAGAUGAGGCUGUCCGUGGUGCUGGAGCAGACCUCGCCCGUCCGCGCUUUCCAUUGGGACCCUCUUCAGUCAAGGCUCGCCAUUUGCACUGGAAAUAGCAGAGUGUUUUUAUGGUCUCCAACCGGCUGCGUCUCUGUACACGUCCCUGUGGAAGGUACCUUCAAUGUGCUGUCUCUGGCCUGGCACCCGCUGGGAGAAGACUCUCUGCUGCUCAUGAGUAAGGAUCAUCUCUGCAUUUGUUACUUGGAAGCAGAGGAGGAACGCUGACCUCACCAGAGGAGGACCUGUUUACAUGGUGGUCUUAUACCCCUCCCCCCAUAAUGGGGUCACUACAGACCGGAGGUGUCUGGGGGCCACGGACGGUCAGGCUCGCUGCUGGACACUGGGCGAUCUUGUCUUAUGCCGUCUUGGUCUCCGUGUUAUUUAAUACAAGAUAAUCUCUUAUUUGUAGCUGUGUACGGACCAUAAAUUGGGGAGCGAUGGUAGAGGAUCCAGGUCCGGUAGUACUUGUAGUCCGCCGGGUCCCGCUCACGGGCGCCCAGUAUUGUGUGUUAAUAGAUUGUACAUUGUGAUGUAUAUACAUGUAGAGAAGUAAUUUAUAUCGAUCAAUAAAUCCUUUUAUUUUCAAUUAGAGAGACUG